AUGGAACUCUCUGCAGGUGCCUGUCUUGCACGCUUGGGGGCUAAGGGCGCCUGGCCUGGAGGCUGCACAGGUGGUGGCUGCCAGUGGGGAGGCUCUGUGGCGCGGGCAAAGGGCAGUAAAGACGUCAGCCACCUCUCUUUCGCCCUCCAGCAGCGUCCCAUCAGGGGCCCCAGACAGUGGAUUGUCCGCCUGCGUCAGUGGUCAUCGCUCACUGGCCAGCGACCCGCAGCCCAAACCUGCUGCUGCACCUUAGCUCGCAGCUGGCAGUUGACCGAGAACAGGCAUCACCAUCACCAGUCAUAUCCAACCACCACGGCAGCAUCCCCAACAGCUCACAGCUCAGCUCAGUUCUCCAUCAAGCAGCACGCUGUUGACCUGUCGCGCCCCAGCCCAUUCCUGCCCAAGAUGGAGGGUCUCUUCUUCAACGUCAACAAUGGCUACAUUGAGGGCAUUGUCCGCGGCUACCGCAACGGCCUGCUCACCGGCGCCAACUACAACAACCUGACACAAUGCGAGACCAUCGAUGACCUCAAGCUCCAGCUCGGCCCGGCCUAUGGCGACUUCCUGGGCUCGCUGCCGCCCAACCCCUCGACGUCGAGCCUGGCCGCCAAGACGACCGACAAGCUGGUCUCCGAGUUCCGCUACGUGCGCGCCAACGCCGUCGGCUCGCUGGCCCAGUUCAUGGACUACCUGACGUACGGCUACAUGAUCGACAACGUCGCCCUGCUCAUCACGGGCACCCUGCACGAGCGCGACACGCGCGAGCUGCUCGAGCGCUGCCACCCGCUCGGCUGGUUCGAGACCAUGCCCGUGCUGUGCGUCGCCACCAACAUCGAGGAGCUGUACAACUCGGUGCUGAUCGAGACCCCGCUGGCCGCCUACUUCAAGGGCUCGCUGUCGCACCAGGACCUCGACGAGCUCAACAUCGAGAUCGUCCGCAACACGCUGUACAAGAACUACCUCGAGGACUUCCACCACUUUGUCAACACCCACCCGGACAUGGCCGGCACCCCGACCUCGGAGGUCAUGAGCGAGAUCCUCGAGUUCGAGGCCGACCGCCGCGCCAUCAACAUCACCCUCAACAGCUUCGGCACCGACCUGUCCAAGGCCGACCGCAAGAAGCUCUACCCCAGCUUCGGCCGCCUCUACCCCGAGGGCACCCUGAUGCUCUCGCGCGCCGACGACUUCGAGGGCGUCCGCCUGGCCGUCGACGGCGUCUCGGACUACAAGACCUUCUUCGACGCCGCGGGGCUGGGCGGUGGCCCCUCGGGGCCCGGCAACAUGGGCGGCGGCGCCGGAGGCAGCGACAGCCGGAGCCUGGAGGACAUGUUCUACGAGAAGGAGAUGCAGAUCUCCAAGAGCGCCUUUACGCGGCAGUUUACCUUUGCCAUUGUGUAUGCGUGGGUGAAGCUAAGGGAGCAGGAAAUCCGCAACAUCACAUGGAUCGCCGAGUGCAUAGCCCAGAACCAGAAGGAGAGGAUCGGAAACUACAUCAGCGUAUUCUGA